AACAGACUGCAAGACUGCAAGCAGCGAACAAGAUUAUUUCUCUGAUUUUUAGAAAGCCAAGGCAACAGUGAGUGGACAGACUAGUUUCAAUUGCGGAAAAACAGAAAACCUACAGUCAGAAAACUAUUUUUACUGCUGCUGGGCUAAUCUGCAACAUGCAAGCUGUGCAGUGUUCAAUGUGUGCCAGCCGUGCUUCUGGAGCACUUCUGCGCAAUCAGACAGACAUUUCACUGCUGCGGACCAACAAGAGUUUGUUCAGGAGAGGAGCAGCCUGUAUCCGUUUGAGCAGUUCUGAGAGUGCCCCACUGAGCAGCAGGAAGCCUGGAGUCCAGAAGUUGAGGGAAUGGAAAGAUACUUCACACAUGAGCAUAGCAUCUUUAAAUGUUGGUCGCAGGCUUUCUGCUUUCCCUUUUUCACAGCAAGUGGAAAACCUCUCUCAUGACUCCCUGAUCAGAAGAGCAGCCUCAAUGGUUACAGACAGUUCAAGUACCUACCUCUCCCAGACCACCCUGGCUCUCAUAGAUGCGCUUAGAGACUACUCAAAGGCUGUGCACACACGCAUUGCUGUCCAAAGACGGUAUUUAGCCUCAAUGGGAAAACUGACCCCAGCAGAGGAGGAUUCACUCCUGGAGGUGAUCAAUGGCCUGCGUGCACAGGUUAGUGACAGACUGGAUGAAUGCAAACGUUUUGAGUCAACCUGGAUCAAAGCUGUCAACUUGUGUAAAAUGGCAACUGAGGCAGCACACACCUCAGGAGCCGAGCAGGCGUCCAUUACAGUUAGGACAAACAUUCAAGUGGCCCAGUCGCAGGUGGAGGAGGCACGGAAACUGUCAGCGGAUGCAGAUAAGAAGUUGGCUGAGACUAAAGUAGAAGAGAUCCAACUGAGGGCAGAAUUUGCCUUUCGAGAAGAUAGUGAGGAGCAUGAGGUGCACGAGGCGUAUCUUCGAGAGGACUAAGACAAAUAGAGAUACUGACAGUGAAAAAAAGUGCAUGCUUUCACCUUUGAAAGCUUUGGGCUUUUAAACUUUUAUUACCAGAUUAUGUCUCUAUUCUGCUUUGAGCCUUUAAGGUGUUUACACGUUUGCAAUCAAAAUUUGAAAAGGAAAUUAAAUAAACUUCUAUUUUUCUAAUUCUUUACUUCUGCAUAAAUCAUUAUUUAAGACUAUUUAUUUGAUUAGUGAAUGUCAGCCUCUUUUGGAGCUUCUGGAAAAUGAUUAUUGAAUCUCCAGUAUAUAUUGUAUGGCAGUGGGACAACGUAGUUUAUCUGAUGUUUUAUUGUAACAAAGUCAUUUUUUUCUAAAACUGUUGUUUAUUUGUUUUCACAAAGCAAAAUAAUAAAAUCAAUCUGAUUGAAUGUAUGUGUUGAUGGUUGACUUUAGUAACGAGGGAUGGAGAGAGAUGACAUCCUUGCCUGGUCCUCUAAUUUACUGUAUGUGUGAUUGUUUUUAAAAGAGAGUCUACUAUUACUUGCGUACGUUGUCACUGAUAUCAAAGGAUAAAAUUAUAUAAGGUAAUUUAAUUGUCAUUUUACAACGCAAGGUUUAAUGAAAUUCAGAAUAUGAAAAGCUAAUGAACACUUGUUCUAAAAUAAGCAAUACAAGACUUCAGUAUAGGCAAAGGUAAUACAUAUGAGGCAUAGGAGUAUUUGUUGUCAGUACACAACAUAAAUAGUUUUGGGGUUUAAAGGUCCAGUGUGUACGAUUUAGUGGCAUC